UGCAUAUUUGGGAUCUCCUGAAAGCAAUGUUGCGGAAUAGAGGAGAUCCAGAUUCAUCAUGUUGUCGAUGAUAACAAGGAAAUCAGUAUAUUUGUUGGUGAACUCAUAGAUCUUGGUACUUGACUGGUUCCAAGACCUCAAGCAUCCAAUGGUCUCGUUCCAUCUGGUCAGCAAGGAAUUAGCUGCUUGGAUAAUGACAUCGCCACAUGGUUUACUGCCAGUGAGAUCCAAGUCUCGUUGGAAGGAGGGCAUAAUCAUGAACCCAAUAUCGUGAGUCUCAGCAGUUCUCUCUUGGAUGCACGCUCGCAAAGUGCCCAUACACUACCAGAAAAAAAGCCAGAGGUCCACCGCUUUGAAUAUUCGUAGACGUAUUCGGUUGCUCCAAAGUUGGUAUAGUGUGGGAAAGUGUCAGGAACAGGUGGCUCUUGAUUGGCGACCUUCAAGAUCUUUCCAUGGCAGAAUGAUCGAGAACAGCUUUGAAAACAGCUUUUGUCUCUUCUGCUAUGGCUUCUUGUGCGGUUUCGGUACGAUCCAACUCGCUUUUGACAUUUUUCUGUGGGAAGCCAACACUUGGUGAAAUUUGCAUUAUGAAUUGAUGGAUAUGUAGACAAUAAAGAGUGGUUAAUUGAGCCC